AUGGUGGUGGCAGCCAGGAAAGACGGGGUGACAGCCUCCCCGCUCACCAGCAGCCCCGCAGCCAUCGCCACCACCGCUCAGCCGGGAUUUCUGGGCAGCUGGCUCAGCCGGAUCCCACUACCCAAAUGGGUGCUCAUUGCCAUGGCCGUGGCAGCGGUUGUUCUCCUCCUCCUCUUCCUCAUCUGCAUUGUCAGGUGCUGCUGCAGCAAGAAGAAACCCAGGAAGAAGGAGAGAGUCACCCUGCACACCGUCAGCAGCCCCACCACGGCCAGCCUCGUGCAGCCUGAGAUGGAGGACCUGGAGCAGCACGUGGAGCAGACGGGGCGAGGAAAGCUGCAGUACUCCCUGGAGUACAACUUCCGCGCACCGGAGCUGAGAGUCGGCGUGAAGCAGGCAGCUGAGCUGAAGGCCAUGGACAGGGGAGGCACAUCCGAUCCGUAUGUGAUCGUCUACCUAACGUCUGAUACGAAGAAGAAGUAUGAGACCAAGGUUUACCGUAAGACCUUGAACCCCAUCUUCAACGAGAGCUUCAUUUUCCAGGUAACGCAGGCGGAGGUGCCAGAAUCCACGCUGGUGAUGCAGAUCUACGACUUCAACCGCUUUGCCAAGCAUGACAUCAUUGGCGAGGUCCGGCUGCCUCUGGCCAGUGUCAGCCUGCAGCACAUCAUUGAGCAGUGGAGCGACCUGGCAGCAGCCAAUAAAGUGGAGGAAGAGCAGCUGGGCGAGAUCUGUUUCUCGCUGCGCUAUGUCCCCAGCACCGGCAAGCUGACGGUGCUCAUCCUGGAAGCCAAGAAGCUGAAGCGGAUGGACUCCGAUGGGCUCUCAGAUCCCUUUGUAAAGGUGCAUCUCAUCCUGAACAGGAAGAAAUGGAAGAAGAAGAAGACAAAUGUGAAGAAAAACACCUUAAACCCUUAUUUCAAUGAGGUGUUUGUUUUUGAGGUGCCCUUCGAUCAGAUCCAGAAUAUGGAUGUGGUCAUCUCCGUGUGGGAUCACGACAAAGUUACCAAGAACGAGCCCAUCGGCAAACUCUUCCUGGGCUGCCGGGCCACUGGCAACCAGCUGCAGCACUGGUCCGACAUGCUGUCCAACCCACGCCGGCCCCUCACCCAGUGGCACAGCCUGCAGCCCCCAGAUGUGGUUGACAAAGCCCUGGGGCUCAAGUCCUACCUCAAGCUGCCCCUGCCCCCCAGAUAG